AUGUCGCGUGCAUUCGAGAAAGUAGGUGCUACGGGCCUUGGACGGCUAGGCCUGUUUCAAAGCCGUGCGAUGAUUCAACAGAGGGAAGCCUCAAAUUUGUUAGGAGUGCAUCACAUGGCCGUGACGCAGUACCUGUCUGAGCAGCUAGCACGAGCCUCAUCGAUCCAAGCAUCACUCCAACAGAAGCGCGUUGACAUGCAGCGCCAGAGGUAUGAAAAACUGUCUGAUAAUACACCACAAUCCAUAUCAACACAAACAGGGUCAGCGUUACCGGCGGAAGCGCUCCAAGGAAGUAUUGGUGCGAUGGGACAGCAAGGUGUGGACGUGGUUGAUCAACUGAGCACUGAGCAGCGGCAAGUCUUUGAAGAAGAAGCCUCAGCUCUUGUCCAAUCAUUGCAAGCUGAUCUUGCAGCUGUCCAGCAUGCGGAGCAGCAGUUGCAGGACAUUUCCUCUCUCCAGACCAAGAUCGUACAACAUUUGGAGGAACAGAAUGAACACGUCGAUACACUUCUCUCCGACGCUGGCACACACGGAGAGCAGGUCACGCGGGGCAAUCAGCAGUUGCGCCGAGCAAAAGAGCGCAAUCGACAGGCAAAUCGUUUAUUGUCGCUGUUCUUUGUUCUUAGUGGGCUACUUCUCUUACUUAUGCACUGUGCGUCACCGCAGGACUAG